GCUGCCCAAUGAUCAAGCAUCAUUGACAAAUGGUAAAAGUUAACAGCUUCUUCUUGUUUGCUACAACAUGUCUGUACCCACUUCCCAACCUUCUUACAAAUAUAUGAAAAAAACCCACCUUUUCCUCUUCAUUGUUCCCCCUUAGCACAACAGAGCCUGUUCAUCUUCUUCUCCAGCUCUCCCUACCCAGAAAUCCCAUCUUCAGUGGAACUUUGAGCUUCACUUUGUUCACAUCCAUACCAAUGGCAGCCAAUCCUGGAGAUGGGGCAGGGUCAUUGAUGCCCAAAAAACAUCAAGACACACAAAAGAAGCAGAAAGUUCCUGUUGUUUACUAUCUUUCAAGAAAUGGGCAGCUUGAGCAUCCUCAUUUCAUGGAUGUCCCUCUUUCUUCUCCUGAUGGACUCUACCUCAGAGAUUUUAUAAAUAGACUGAACAGCCUCAGAGGAAAAGGCAUGGCCAACAAGUAUUCCUGGUCUUCCAAAAGGAGCUACAAAAAUGGGUUUGUGUGGCAAGAUUUAACGGAGAACGACUUCAUCUAUCCUUCUCACGGCCACGACUACAUUCUCAAAGGAUCACAGCUCCUGAAGACCUCUCUGAGCUUACGAUCCUACGAAACCGUUUCUUCAACUUCAUCAAUCUCCAUUUCCAAAUUUUCCUCGGAAACAAACAAUUCAAGUUCGGAUUCCAAUUUUCCUUCCCUCAUCAGAAAGAAGAAUUAUUCAUGGAGUACAUUUGAUAUUGACGCCGAUAAACACCGAGUCUACACGGCGAAAACCUCCGGCGAAUUCAGCGGCAAUGCGAUGAACGCGUCGACACAGACGGAUGAUAACAGUCACAGAAAAGUCGGUAGCGAAGAAGAUGGACAAGGCGGAGCAGAAAUCGGAGAUCGGACGGCUGAAAAUGAUCGUCCAAGCGGGAGGAUCAGAGCGUCGGCGGUUCUGAUGCAGUUGAUUGCGUGUGGAUCAAGAAGUAUCAAGGAUAGCGAAACAGCGGAACAAGAGGAUUGAUGGAUCAGAUAAUUGGGCCUUCACCCACAUGUUUAAUUGGGCUUUCAAGGGCCACUAAAUUUCUGAUCUGUUGGGCCAAAGCCCAAUAAUGAAUUGGAUGCAUUUUCUUGUUUUCCAUGAGGACCAUGACCAUGUGAUUGCCCCUUUUGUACCGUAAAAAAUAAAAAAUCUUUAGUCCC